UGCUACACCUGUCUGCUAUUCCUAGUGUCAUUGCUGACACUGGACACGCCCCCAUGUAUUCAUCCCUAGGUCAGGGGUCGAGAUUUAUGCAAGGGCAGUUGCUAUUUUGGCGGAAUAAAGCCCUUCCUGAGUUAGUAGAGGUUAAGGAGGAUUUACAACCUGAAAGCUGACAUCAAAAUGCCAAACAGAUGUGUUGUCUUCAAUUGCAGUAGUGGCUAUGACAGUGAUAGACAGUACAGAAAAAAAAAUGGGUUGCCUCAGCUGUCCCAAUUCACUGCCCCCAAAGUAAGGAACAAAUUCCCCUUGAAUCAUUUGACCUCUUCAAUGCUUGCGGACACAGUGUUCCUCCGUGUCCCUGAGUAUAAACCUGAUUUGAAAGAUGCAAUUAACUGGAUGCCAAUGCCAGAUAAAUUGAAAGAGAUGAUGGAUCAAAUGGAAGUACACUGCAAGAAACGAAGGAGCGUAGGUCUUGAAGGAUCUUUGCAGGAAAUGCUGGACAAAUGGGAAAAAAAGAUUUCAAGAGGGGGAGGAUGGAAGAUGGGGCCAAAGCACACUGUUUGCGAGCUUCACUUUGAGAAGAAAUUCAUAGUUGAGACUCAUGACAUUCUUAUUGAUGGCACCAACUUGAGCCAAAGGAGGGAAAAGAAAUCUCUGACAAAAGAUGCUAUUCCAACGGUGUUCGAUGGCUACCCGACAUACAUGAAUAAACCUCUGCCCAAAAAAAGAAAAUCUCCUCAAAAAAUCGUUUCAAGUGAACCAAAGAGGCAACGGCCUGAGACAGAAAAAAGGUAAUUAUGUUUAUGAAAUAAUGUCAUUGCAAAUGCAAACAAAAGUGACACACAAUUUUCAUUCUAGGCCUGAUGAUUCGAUGGAGCUGGAGAUGGAGGUGGAUAACCCUGAAGUGCCAAAGGAACAGCAAGAGAAAAUGCAAGAGCAACCGCAAGGGGAAGUGUCAAAGGCUGCA